GGUAACCAUGCAUGUUCACGUAAAGUAUACAGCUUCCGGUGUUGGUGGUACAAUCGACUUCCGAUAGGUAAAUAAAAAUUGCGAGGUUUUGUGAGACAGUGUGUGAAACCGUCGGAACCAAAUUUUUUUUAAAGAUGCCGGGUGGUGGAAUGUCUGGAAUUACAGUGGCGGAGGAUGUCUUUGCGGCUUUUCAAGAGUUAAAGCAGGACAGGAAGUACAGCUAUAUUAUUUUCAAAAUAGUACGCCAAAAGCAAAUCACAGUGGCUGAAUUAGGGGAUAAAACGAAAACAUGGGACGAUUUGGUCGCCAAACUAUCACCUACCGAUGGGGCAUAUAUUAUUUACGAUUUGAGUUACGAAGGGAAGUCAGGAGCGAAUAUAGAUAAACCCAUAUUAAUUACAUGGAAUCCAGAUACUGCAAAUGUUAAGGAAAAGAUGUUGUAUUCUGCCAGCAAAGAUGCUCUGAAGAAGAAACUAGGGGAUGGUUUUGGUGUAGAAGUCCAAGCCAAUGACUUCGGUGAUUUAGUUUUAAGCGAGAUCCAGGGAAAACAAAUCAAAUAACUAUGCUUAAAAAAACCACAAUUUGUGUAGUGAUGGAGACAAUGACAGAAAAGCUUUUUUUAGAACUUCAAUUUUUUUUAGUAUCAUAGUUAAUCUAGUGCUGAACUGAAUUUGAAAACAUGCAUUAUGUAAACUCAUAUUUCUUUACUGACUUUUGUAAUUUUGCUUUGUUAGCUCUAUUGUGUUACUGAGCUUCAAAUAGAAAAUGCUGGUUGUUAUAUUUUGAAAUCAUGUCCGACAACUACACAUGGUGAAGAAGCUCUCUGAAUUUAGUGCAUUCAAAUUUAUGAAAGGAAUGUAUGUUGAUUUUUUCUGUGGAAAUACAAGGCACAUUUAGUGCGUGUACCGAAUGAUCAGGUUUGAUAACAUUUUCAGGGACUUUGGGUCAAAUCCAUGUUCAGGAACAGAUGAAGGAAUUUUUUUGUUUUGUAUCAUUUUAAGGAGUUACUCUACAUCGUCAUAAUGGCUGACUUCCUUUUAAAACAUGGAUGAAAAUAUGAAUAUCAGCAAUAUUUGCCUAUUCAUUUAAAAAAUCACCGCCUAGCUGAGUAACUCAGUAGGUUAUCACGUCGACUGCUGAACGGUAAAUCACGGGUUCAAGACCAGCAGGGAUUUAAAAAAAAAAAAUCAGAUUACUUUCUACUAAAAACUAAAACUGCAUUUUUUGUAAAUUUGAAAGUUUUCAAUUUCAAAAUAUUGUUGUUCAUAUCCUCCACUUUUCAUCCAUAUCAAAUUUCUCUGGUAUAGCAAACUUCCUUAAAGCUGCAUUGAAACCAGAAAAGUGGUGUCAUAGGACUGGUAAAAGAUGGAUACAUGUAUGUGUUACAAAUGGACAAAAGAAAAUGGCAUGUCUUUAGAAAACACUUUAUACCAAUGAGGUAGUGAAAAUGUAAUCCAUUUGUAGCUUUUAUUGUUAUAAUGCACUGUACUUUUUGAUUGUGAUUUAUUCAAUUAUUUGUGAUCAUUUUUAAUGCAGAAAACUUUAAAUCCAACGUAUCUUUUCAAAGAAAUUUAUACAAAGGUU